AUGUCGGCGACCAUGUCUUCGUAUGUGCUAGACACGCUGUGGCAGCUGACCAACUGCUUCAACUGCUUCCCGAGCAACCCGGCGCUCAAGAUCAAUGGCCGGUCAUACAAGAUCCUCCGUCUGCUGGGAGAGGGCGGCUUCUCAUACGUCUACCUGGUCCAAUCCCCACCCUCACCAAACCUGCAUGCCCUCAAAAAGAUCCGUUGUCCAUUUGGUGCCGAGUCGGUCGCUCUAGCUCUCAAGGAAGUCGAAGCAUACAGCUUGUUCCAACCGCAUCCUAACAUCAUCCACGCCCUCGACCAUGCCGUCAUUCCGGAUCGCAGCGACCCGUCAGCAAAGACUGUCUAUAUCCUUCUUCCAUACUACCGUCGCGGCAACCUGCAAGAUGCCAUCAAUGCGAACCUCGUCAAUGGCGCAAAGUUCCCCGAGCGUCGAUUGAUGAUCCUGUUCCGCGGCGUCUGUGUAGCACUACAGGCAAUGCACAAUUACAAGGUUGGAGGAGCUCCUGGAGGCAAGGGUGCACAGUCAAGAGCUAAGCGUGUGCGCGCCGAUGCUGCAAGAGCCGAUAGAGGAGAAGACCAUGGCGACGACGAUGAUGGAUUGGGCGACGCAGAACCGCUGAUGGAGGGCGAGAUAUCUAUGGCGCAAGAGGGCAUGUCGGAUGGCCAAGUCAGAGCAUACGCCCAUCGCGACAUCAAGCCUGGCAACAUCAUGAUCUCAGACGACGGCCAAUCUCCCAUACUCAUGGAUUUGGGCUCCAUUUCUCCAUCACCGACCCCAAUCACAUCUCGCGCGCUAGCAUUGCAAGUUCAAGACACAGCUGCCGAACACAGUACCAUGCCCUACCGUGCACCCGAGCUUUUCGACGUCAAGACUGGCUCUACCAUCGACACAAAAGUAGACAUUUGGAGUUUGGGUUGUACACUAUAUGCCUGUCUGGUCGGCAAGUCUCCCUUUGAAGCUCGCAGCGAAGAAACCGGUGGAAGCCUGAGUCUUUGUGUCUUGGGAGGUGACUGGAGAUUCCCAGAUGAACACAACGCACAAGCAAACAAGAGCAGAGGAAAGCAAAGGAUGCCGUCAAACUCGGAUGCCCCACCACCACAAGACGCUCCUGUGACUGAGAUGAUCAAGGAUGUUGUCAGGAAAUGUUUGAGUGUCGAGCCUUCGGAAAGACCAGAUGUCAAUGAACUGCUCACCAUGGUGGACACUGUCAUUGCAACUCUGCCCGAAGAUGGAGAUCCACUGGAAGAGUAG